AUGGAGCAACCAGCGGAACAGGCAGCUCCCUAUCUAUCACAUGGAACACAAAUCAACGGCAACGAAGAACUGGAGCAAGCAGCAGCCACCGCUACCGCGGCUCUUUCGGAAGACCACGAUUCUACUCCUAAUGCCACGAAUUCCCGCAAGAGACGCGCAACAGGCGCGCCAGGGAGCAGAGGCGUGGCCAACUUGACGCCGGAGCAGCUGGCGAAGAAGCGCGCAAACGACAGACAAGCACAGCGUGCUAUACGAGAAAGGACUCGGAAUACGAUCGAGGGUCUGGAGCAGAGAAUACGAGAGCUUGAGAGCCAGCAGCCUUUUCAAGACCUGCAGCGUGUGAUGCAGGAGAGAGACAGAGCGCUUGCAGAAUGUGAAGAACUUCGUCGGCGCCUUGGUGCCGUGGCAGGCAUAGCAGGAGCGGCAGCACAAGCAUCCAGUCCCGGUCUCAAUGGUAUGUUUACGUUCGAUGAACUCAUUGAUUGUUCAUCCCUACUCACAGACGACGAUAUAGAGCUUGCAGCUUUGACGGCACAGCGGAGCCCGCUGCCUUCACUGGCUGCGCUGAACCAGCAGAGCAUCUCCCAAGGUCAAGGGCAGCGCUACAGUGAGCAGCCACAGCAAAACUUACACCCACAGCUCAGAUCACCAGAAAUUGAAUCCGCGAGUCAGACACCUCCUAUUGGCUGCCACUCUGCCACAAGCGGACAAACUUAUAUUCACAGAGACAACAUAGGAAAGCAUGUUGAGCAUACCACGUACCAACACUACUCGCGUUCCCCUACCGAGGCACGCUACGAGCAGCCCAGGUCGCAUUCACCACAGCAACAACAAGCUACCAACGGCGAUCGUCUUGGCCUCAGUUUCCUCCUCGAUACCACUCAGCCGUCCAACAGCUCCUCGCCCGGACAAUCACAUCCGUCGCAAUCCUCGAAUGAGCUGCCUGUCUAUGCUCGCAUCACAAAUCAGGGGCCUCCAUCUUGUCCACUAGAUUCAUUGCUCAUAGAUGCUUUCAGGAGCCGUCGAAAGAUGAUGCAAGACGGCGCUUCCAUGCGCGAUGCAAUUGGGCCAGACUAUCCAGCAUUUGCGAGCAUGAACCCGGAAAGCAGCCAACCGCGACCGCCAUGCCACCAGGUAUCAGCUCUGCUGAUCGAUAUACUCAGCAAGUUUCCCGACGUGGAACAGCUGCCGGAGAAGGUCGCAGUCCUGUAUAUCAUGUUUCUGGUGUUGCGCUGGCUCAUUUGUCCUUGCGAGAAGUGCUAUGAACGACUUCCAGAAUGGUGCCGGCCAACUGCUGUACAGCUGGAGAAGCCUCAUGUUGCGUGGGCUGACUAUUUACCAUGGCCACACAUACGUUCACAACUCGCACUUCAAGAACAUGAGGUCAAGUUUGAAGACUUCUUCGUUUCCUUUACGACGACGUUAUCGCUCAACUGGCCGCUGCCCCCUGAUUGCGUACUUAUCAGCACGACGGGCGCCGAUGGUGAGACUUUGGAUCUUAAUCCAGCCUUUGAGCAUCACCUGCGCGACUUGCACAAUUGGAGUCUUGGAACGAGGUUCGCUCGAGAAUUCCCUCAUCUGGUGGAUAGUACCGUGCGAAUCAAGGAUGGCUAG